CGUUCCGUCUCAACCUAGCCACCAAUCAAUCGUGAUUGUUGGAUGAAGCAAUUCCCGCGGCUUAAUUUUGAUAAAGAUUUGUAUACACUGCCUAAAAUGGAGAUUUGCCAACCCUUUCACACGACUCCAUAUAGGUACUUGCCUAUGCACCACGAUCAGAUAAACCCUCAUACCUACCACCAAUCGGCUACCAUCCCGUCCAAUUAUCCAGAAUCGCUGAAUCUAUUGUGGGCCAGAAGGGUCAUAUGGUUUGGGAUUGCAAUAUGUUGCCCUGUUUUAUUACCGCAGCUUCAAGAACCCAAGUUCGGAAGGUCAACCCCUCAUCCAUGCACUGCGGUAAAGUGAGGCCCUUCUCUUGUCCCUUCGAUAGUGUAUGGAAUCUCCUCCCCGCAAGUGCGGAGUUCGGUUUUUAUUGCGCCUUCGCAACCGCGAGAGAUCUCCUCCCACUACCGGUUACCCGUACAGCCUGAUGGUUUCGUUUCCCCGACUGUGCAAACAUGUCUCUUGUAAAUCAUCAUAAAUACGUGGCUUUCCCGUGGACCCCAAAACGAAAAGAAGCUCAAAUUCCCUUACGUUAACCUCGCUGCACUUGGCCUUUU